UUUGUUUUUCUUUUUUAGCCAACAACUUUAUGUCCUGUGACGGACUUUUAAUUCAUUUAGCUCAUUCUUAUAUUGAAUACUAUACUGAACUUCUCGGCGAACUCUUCUUGCGAUAUUUUUGUCCCUACAAACCAGCAGCAUAUCCUCCGGAUAAAAUACCUUCUAACAUGAACAUGAAAGAACCUGCAAAAUAUGCAAAUGAUAAAACCUUGCCAAGUACAUCAAUAAAUGAACAGAGACCAGAUGUCAAAAUGCGCAAAAUUCGACGUGUUGGAACUACUUGUUGGGACUACCAAGCUAAAGAAAAGGAUGAAUUGUCUUUCCGGCAUGGUUCUGUUGUGGAGAUUUUAAAUGAUGAAAGUUGUGAGGAUGGUUGGGUCAUGGCACGCAUUGAUAAAAAGAAGGGAAUGGUCCCUGGAAAUUAUGUCGUUUUGGUUGGCACUGGACCAAAUUUGAUCAAUUCUGAGGAUGUUAAACGCGGAGAUUUAUUAGCUUCUGGAGGGUUUGCUAAUGUAUUUAAAGGAUCUUUCAAAAAUCAGGAAGUUGCCUUAAAAAUACCCAAAUCGGGCACAGAGCAAAAUCGGGAAGAUUUGGAACGAGAAGCCUUAAUUCUUUCUAGAAUCAAACACGAAAAUAUAGUUGGAUUUUUUGGGUAUUCAUUAGAUCCUCUUUUAAUUGCUUUGGAGCUUUGUAGAGGUGGUGCUCUCAUUAAUUUAUAUAGACGAAUGGCUUCCUCUGAUAUUUUAACUGUUAUUUGUUGGGCAAAACAGGUCGCUAGUGCAAUUCAACAUCUUCAUUCAAGAGAUGAUCCUGUAAUUUAUGCUGAUUUGAAAGCUGAAAAUGUUUUGAUAAAAGAAAUUCCUUGUUUAUGUGGUUUAGAUGAUGAAAGUUGGAAAAUUGUGACCAAUUAUACAAAGAACAAUUCUUGUCGUAAAUGUAAAGGUUUAAGAAUUGAUUUGAUUACAUUAAAAAUAUCAGGUUAG